CAACGAGAGGAAAAAGAAAAGAACAACAAAUAAUGAAGACAUAUAUGAUAAUCUUGUUGGUGAUUUUUAGCAUCUUGAUUGCAGGAGGAGUUGAGGCUAACGAACCGAAGAAGAAAUAUCUGAAUCUCAACCGAUGUUCACGUCCUAAUCCUCCCCCAGGAUGUCAUCAACAGCCACAUAAACCCCGUACCCCGGUUCACGAAUAUACUCGUGGCUGCACCAAAAUCAACCGAUGCCGCCGACAUGGUCCGUAAUGGCUGUCCUAAGCAUGAGAUCUAAUAAUGAUAUAUUUUAUGUAACAUAUGGCACCACAUAAGUCAUAUUAUUUAUGGUGUUAUGUAUUUCAAAACAUGUCACAUGAUUGAUAUUCAGUAUUGGCGGUGAUAUGCUAACGGGGUUUUAAUUUGAACUUAAUAAAUUCAUGUGUCAUAGUAACGAAAAUCCAUAUG